ACAGAGGGGGUGUGGGGUUAAAGGAAUAGUUACUGUUGCAGUAAACAGUUAACAGUAUGUGACAUAACUUGACUUACCAUAAAUAAUUGCAAGAUAUCUCCUCGAGUGUGACGGAGAAAGAGAGGGAUAACAAAUUACUACUUAUCUCUCUCUCUCUUUCUACCAGACUUUGAAUCGGAAGAGUACUUUUUACUUCAAUGGCAGAUGAACCUGCGUUGACUCGCUGGACAUUUCCGGAUUUUAAGUUGUUUUAUGAUAUGAAGUUUGGGAGGAAGAAGGUUCCUGCACCCGAUGCAACUGAGAAUAGUGAUGCUGUACAAAAUGGAAAUUCUUCGCCUGUGAAUGGAAAUGGAUAUGUGCGGAACACUGCAGAAUUAUCAAUUUACGAGCAGUAUAAUCAGGCUAAUGGAGGCUCAGCACAAUCUAAUGGAGUUAACGGGGUUCAGUCUGCCGGAGUGGAUGAAAAACCGCAAAGAUCUCUACUUCCCCCUUUCGAGUCUGCAGAGAUGCGCGCUUUAGGAGAAAGUUUAAGCAGGGAUAUUCUUCGUGGUAAUCCAGAUGUUAAGUGGGAGAGCAUUAAAGGAUUAGAGACCGCCAAGCGUCUACUAAAAGAAGCAGUUGUCAUGCCAAUUAAAUAUCCAAAGUACUUCAAAGGUCUUCUAACUCCAUGGAAAGGUAUCCUCCUUUUUGGCCCUCCAGGAACGGGAAAGACCAUGCUUGCAAAGGCAGUUGCAACUGAAUGCAAUACCACGUUUUUCAAUAUCUCAGCAUCAUCAGUUGUCAGCAAAUGGCGUGGUGAUUCUGAGAAAUUGAUAAAAGUAUUGUUCGAGCUCGCCAAGCAUCAUGCACCUUCAACCAUCUUUCUAGAUGAAAUUGAUGCAAUUAUCAGUCAACGCGGGGAAGCUCGUAGUGAGCAUGAAGCUAGUAGGCGUUUAAAAACAGAAUUGCUCAUACAGAUGGACGGUUUGAAUCGGACAGAUGAACUUGUCUUUGUUUUGGCAGCAACAAAUCUUCCCUGGGAACUGGAUGCAGCAAUGCUCCGGCGUCUUGAGAAGCGGAUCCUCGUGCCCCUUCCGGAGUCAGAAGCGAGGUGCGCCAUGUUUGAGGAAUUACUACCAUCCCUCCCUGAGGAGGCGCCACUUCCAUAUGAUUUAUUGGUAGAAAAGACAGAAGGUUUUUCCGGUUCUGACAUUCGGCUAUUAUGCAAGGAGGCUGCCAUGCAACCAUUAAGACGUUUAAUGGCACAACUUGAAGAGAAGGAAGAAGUGGUGCCUGAGGAUGAGUUGCCCAAUGUUGGACCAAUAACUGUGAGAGAUAUUGAGAUGGCGCUACAGAACACUAGACCAUCUGCACACCUCCAUGCACCAAGGUACGAUAAGUUCAACUCAGAUUAUGGCAGCCAUGUGCUCCAGUGAAGGCAUCCACCUCUAUCCUCUUCCUGAACUGUUGACCUAUGAGCUAUUCAGCAGUGUGCCAGUUCAGAUGUUAAUUGUUGAACUUGUCGUGUUUGUAAAAUGUAUGACGAUGUGAGUGGAUGGUUGUAUAAACUACAUUCUUUAACAACUGGACAUGUUGCUUAAUACUAUUUCUUUCACUCUUA